UCUCCACAUGGUUUUAAGAACAAAGCCAUUCACAGAGGACGAGAAGCAAACAGAGAGAGAGAGAGAGAGAGAGAAGAAGAAGAAGAAGAGAGAGAGAAAGAAAGAAGAUUUGAAGAAGAUGAUGGAAGGAAGUGGAGCGGCGCCGCCGCACGGAGUACUAAUAGCAGUGGUGGUGGGAAUAGUGGUGGGAGUGCCAAUGCUAGUGGGAGAGCAGGGAGAAGCCAUUACUGGAGCGAUCUCGGAGUUGCUAAGUCCCAUGGGUCUCCUUCUUGUCCCCAUCGUUCUCCUGCUCGUUAUACAGUUCCUGUCUUCGGAUCGAGGCUCAGUACUAUCAGGUAUAUUCUCCACUGGGGAACCAGAUUCCAUCCACCGCCUUAGUGGAUCUCCUGUAGGUGUGGCUCUAUUCCUAAUCCUCCUCAUCUUUCUCCUUUACUACCGCGUCUCUUUAUUCGGAUCUGACGAAGAUUCCGAUGAUUAAAUCAAGUCAAGUAGAGAACAGAGAGGGAACAGAGAUGGAAGAUCUUUUCUUUCGUUUUCAGAAGCGAGGACUUCGAAUCGGGGAUGCCAUGGAUGGACUGAUGGAGAUGGGGCGUCUGUGUCUAUGUUCAGUUCUCACAUUGUAGCUAACCUUACCAGAUUUAUAAAAUCAAAGCUUGUAAGUUGAAGGGUCUUUUUCUUUGUUCAUCUUUUUUGGUCCAAUCCAAUUCUUUUUUGGAUCUUAAACAGUGGAAUGAAAAGAUUGUCGGUGGGAAAGGAUUCCUGCUCUUUCUCCCUC